CCGCAUAUCGGCGCUGUCCGCAAAUAGACGAUUUUCCCCAAAAACAUAGUAGAAAAUUCGUCUAUUAUAAAACAUAUUUUGCAGUAUAAAAUAUUUCCUCGUCUAUAGAAUGAAUACAUAGGUAGAAAUGAGCGGACCGUAUCAAACGAAAAAAGGAAUCUCAAAAUCAAGGAUGGUGGCUCCGGUCUCAUCGAUGCUUACCUCACUGCAUGAGCACUGACACCUCUGUAAUUCAUAUCACAUGUCGAUAAAAAGACCAUGGCUUCAGCGGCCAAAGUAGGCGACACGUCUUUACAAAUACCACAUUAUGUACAAAGUGAUGCACAAAAAGUCAAGAUAGAGGAUUCAAAUAUUCAGAUAAUACUUGGAGAAUCGAGUUGCAGAAUUUUCACAAAGAAGGCUGUGCAUCCAAGUAUUUCUAAAAGUAAAGGUGACGUAUUGUUAUUGCACGGUUCAAGCUUUACUUCACAAACAUGGGAAGACAACAAAACAUUACAGUACCUGGCAGCAAUGGGGUAUACUGCUAUAGCUGUUGAUUUACCAGGCUACGGUAAAAGUCAGACAAUACCUGAUCAUUGCAAACCUGCUGAUUUCAUGGAAGGUCUGAUUUGUGUUUUAAGAAUGUCAACACCUAUAAUUAUCAGUCCAUCUGCCAGUGGACGAUACUCAUUGGCUUAUUUAGUUUGUGAUGCAACGAACGUCUCUGAAAGAGCCAAAGCCUUCAUACCUGUAAAUACAGUGCAGGCACCAGAAUAUUCCACAGAAGAAUACAGUAGGAUACAGAUUCCGUCUGCAGUAAUAUAUGGUGAAAAUGACAGAAGAAAUGAAAAUUUACUUCCAAAUCUACAGAAACUCCCAAAAGCAAGUUUAUAUAAAGUGAAGGACGCUAGACAUGCAGCUUAUUUGGACCAACCUGAAGAGUUUCAUAAGAUCUUAUACAACUUUCUGAGAUCCCUGGAAGCAGUUGAAAGUUCUGACUAGAUUUAUAUAAAUUUAACAUUUUCAUUGUUGAAAAGAGCAGAUUAAACCAACUAAAUAAUGUGUUGUUUUUUUAAACUUUUGAAUUUUGAAUACUUUUUUCAUUGCCAUCUAUAUCUAUUACUGGACAGGGUAUUUAACACCAUCCAUUUAAAAACUUAUGCAUAUUUUGUAAGUUUUAAAGCAACAUCAAUGCAAGGCACAUAGGACAUUUGCAUCAGUGAAGCUUAAAAUUACUUAUUAUGAAUGUGCUACAUAGCUUGCAUUCAAUUCUAAUUUUGCAAUGGAGAUGGGUGCAAUUAGGGUCUAAAUUGACAUAAUUUUUCAAUGAAAUUUUAACUUUUAAUAGACAUAGAAAUAUCGGGUGUCCUUUUAUGCAAUAGUUGAGGGGAAAAAUAUAUAGUCGGCAUAGUUCUAAUACACUUUAAAAGAUUGAUAUUGUAGCAUAAACAUUACACUGUUUUAAGUUGAAUUAAAGAUGAUAUCUG